AUGGUGAAUAAUUUGUGGGCUUUUCGUAGAGAAAUGUUGACUCAAAACAAUGAGAGUGACAAUCAAAACCCCAAUAACCAUCAAUCACCAAAUGACCACUCCACAACAUCACAAGCCAUGUCACCGAGACCCCAAAAUCAUCUCAUGGGUGUCAACAAUUUCACUCAAGGGAGGCGCCAAAAUAAUAUUGCUGCAACUAUGCCGAUAUCGUCUUCUUCAUUGUCUAGAAAUAACACUCCUAUCAUUCCUUCUUAUCGUGCAAGCUCAGCUCGAAAUGCUCAAACAUUGCCUUUGGAUCUGCCAAAUCCACAGAUGAGUUCUCGCAACAACACUCCUAUCAUUCCUUCUUAUCGUGCAAGCUCAGCUCGGUAUGGCCAAACACUGCCUUUGGAUCUGUCAAAGCCGCAGAUGAGUUCACCCAACACUCCUGCCAUUCCAUCUUAUCGUGCAAGCUUAGCUCGAUAUGGUCAAGCAUUGCCUUUAGAUCUGUCAAAGCCGCAUAUGAGUUCACCCAACACUCCUAUCAUUCCUUCUUAUCGUGCAAGCUUAGCUCGAUAUGGUAAAACAUUGCCCGUGGAUCUGCCACAGUCGCAUAUGAGUUUACCCAACACUCCUAUCAUUCCUUCUUAUCGUGCAAGCUUAGCUCGAUAUGAUCAAACAUUGCCUUUGGAUCUACCAAAUAUGAGUUCACCUAACACUCCUAUCAUUCCUUCUUAUCGUGCAAACUUAGCUCAAAACACCUCGUCCAGUUGUCUUGGUUCCCAAGAUUUUGCUGAUGGUUUUCGAAAUCAUUCGAAACCAAAUUUGCAUAAUCAAAAGAACUACCGAGAUCAUCCUUACGAAGGGGGUUCUGAUCAUAAUAAUAACUUUUCAGAAUUCAAUGAUUUUGAUCCUCUUUCAAGAGUUGAUAUGAAUAGUUUUCGCAAUUUGCAUAAUUAUGUUGCUCCAAUUGCAACUCCUCCUAUUCGCCCUUCUGGCAAUGCUAAUUUGGGUUCAACUCGUGAGAGUAUCAUUCCUUCUUAUCGUGCAAACUUAGCUCGAAACUCCUCAUCCAGUUGUCUUGGUUCCCAAGGUCUUGCAAGUAGUUUUCGAAAACCAUCGAAACCAAAUUUGCAUAACCAAAAGAAAUUUCGAUAUCAUCCUUAUAGGGAGGGAUCUGAUCAAAAGAAUAACUCUUUGGUGUUCAAUGAUUUUGAUCCUCUUUCGAGGGUUGAUAUGAAUAGCUUUCGGAAUUUGAAAAACUAUGUUCCUCCAAUUGCAACUACUCGUCCAAUUUGUCCUUCUGUCGGUGCUAAUUUGGAAUUAACUCGUGAGAGAACAACGGAGCAUCACAAUUUGAAGAACAUUGUAGCUCCAAUUGCAACUCCUCCUCCUCCUCCAGUUCAUCCUUCUGGUAAUGCUAAUUUGGAUCUAACUCGUGAGACAACAACGGAACAUUGCAUGCUCGACAUUCAAAACACUAUUGCUUGGAAAAGGCUAACAGCUUCCCCCGAUGGUUGUCAUGAAGAAAUACAAACUCCAAAAGAAGAGCUGCUUCUUUUCAAGGAUGACAAGAAUACAUUUGCUACCAGCUCAGUGAUUGAAAGUGGUCCUGCAGAUGCAAAUGAUGAUAAGGGAUUAGAUCUCACUCUUUCACUUUAA